AUGGCCGAGCAAUCCUCACAUUCAUCUUCCCUACCUUCAUCAUCUUCCCUAGCCCAAGUCACCGCAAGGGAGGCGACAGUCCUCGGUGCCAGCCACCGCUUCGCCGCCCAGCCCAAGCCUGUUCAAAGAAUCACUGGAAAACUACGGCAAAAACCUGUUGUAGCCAAACCACUCCCAAUUCGAGAGGGGCCGAGCAUGGAGAGUGCCCAACUCCCAGCACUGUCAUCAGAAAGUGAGAAGAAAAGAAGAGAUGACAAAGAAGUGUUCAGGACCAUCCUGAGCAACAUGGAGAAAGAGGGAGAGCUACUCGAAGCCGGAGUUGUUAAUCAGCCCUUGCCUUCGGAGGAGAAGAUGGCAGAAGCUUCGAGAAGAAGCGCCCUGGCCGUUGCGGAUCCUAAGGAAACUGUUCAAACAGAAUCCUAUGAGGGACCCAUCAAGGUCGCUUUAGAGGAGGUGGAAGCGAAGAAGCAGCCUAAAAUGGUUGAAGAGAAGAAGAAAAGGAAAAGAAAGGAGAAACGGGCAGGAGGAGAUGAAGAGGCCCGACCAAAGAAGGAGAAGAAAGAAAACAAGUCGAGUGAAAAAAGAGGCGAGAAGAGAAACAUUUGA